AUGUGUGGAGAGUGUGGGUACAAGACAGCUCAAAAAUCAACCUUAACCAGACACAUGAGAACUCACACAGGAGAAAAACCCUACAUGUGUGAUGAGUGUGGAUACAGGACGGCUCAGAAGUCUCAUUUAUCUGAACAUAUGAAAACUCAUACAGGCGAAAAGCCAUACAAGUGUGACCAGUGUGACUAUUCUGCAGCUCACAAAAUUUCUUUGGACCAACACCUAGCUAAACACACUGGAGAGAAACCGUAUUUGUGUGAGCAUUGUGGAUACAAGACAACUAAACAUUCUCACUUAUCCCGACAUCUUAGAACUCACACAGGCGAAAAGCCCUACAAGUGUGACCAGUGUGACUAUUCUGCAGCACAGAAAACUGCUUUGGAACUUCAUAUGGCCAAACACACUGGAGAAAAACCCUACAUGUGUGGCAUGUGUGGGUACAAGACAGCUCUCAAGUCUAAAUUAUCCAGGCAUAUGAGAUCUCACUCAGGAGACAAGUGUGACUAUUCUGCUGCACGAAACUCCAGUAUGGACAAACAUCCAGCCAAACACACCGAUGAGAAACCAUACAUUUGUAAAGAGUGUGGAUACAGGACAGCUAACAAGUCUAGAUUAUCCCAGCACAUGAAAAUGCAUACAAGAAAGAAUGACUACAAGUGUGACCAGUGUGACUACUCUGCUAUGACUAAGUCAACUUUAGACUACCAUCUCAAAGCAAAACACACAGGAGAGAAAUCCUACGCCUGUGGGGAGUGUGGGUACAGGACAGCUAGAAAGUACAACUUAUCUUCACAUAUGAAAACUCAUACUGGUGAAAAACCCUACAUGUGUGGGGAGUGUGGAUACAGGGCAGCUAAUAAGAGUCACAUAUCUCAGCAUAUGAAAACUCACACAGGUGUAAAACCCUAUAUGUGUGGGGAGUGUGGAUACAGGACUGCUCGCAAGGCUGUCUUAUCAAGGCACGUGAGAACUCACACAGGGGAAAAGCCCUACAAGUGUGACCAAUGUGACUAUUCUGCAGCACAGAAAACUGCUUUGGAACUUCAUAUGGCCAAACACACGGGAGAAAAACCCUACAUGUGUGGUAUCUGUGGAUACAGGGCAGCUAUAAAGUCUCACCUUAUCCAGCACAUGAGAACCCACACAGGGGAAAAACCUUACAAGUGUGACCAGUGUGAGUAUUCUGCAGCACAGAAACCCAGUCUGGACCGUCACUAUCAAGCUAAACACAGUUGAGAACACCUGUGUGUGUUGGUACAAGAAAGAUAGAAAUCUGUCCUUUCUAAACAGAUGAGAACAAGAACAGCAGAAAGCAUUCAACUAUCCAGAGAAACACACCAGUAAUAGGUAUGAGUAUGUAUUGAACCAGCAAGUGUGGCCCUUUCAUCUUUUCCAUUAGAAAGAGAUGUGGGUCUCCUAAGAGAUGUAGGAGAUACAGUUGGCAAAAAUGUGAGUGUGAACUGAAGUAGUGGGAGUGUAAAUAGUGCCCACCUGUACCAGUAUGUAGGGACUGAUGGAGAAGACAUAAGCUUCGGGUUUUUUUUGUUGAGAACUGAUAAUCAUAGUUGUUAUGAAUGUUUCUUGUUUAAACCUGACCCUAACUUUUUUUUAGUUUUAUCGUUUGUUUGUUCGAAUCAUUGUAAUAACAUAAUAGUGAUAAAAACUAAGAUCACAGAAAUGUUGUGCCCAUUCGACUAGUUGACAAUUAGUUAUUUAGCACUCAUUGCAUAGUACAAGGUAAAUGUUCAGACCUAUCCUUGUUCUUGUUUACAUCUGAACUUUUUUGUUAAUUAUACUUCUCUCAAGGAAAG